AUGAAUGUUGGUACUAGAGGUGGUGGAAAGGGAGGGAAAGGUGCUACCAUUGGGAAGGGAAAGGGCAAGGGAAAGGGCGGUGUUGUAGCUGCUACUCCUGGUGGUGGUAAGCCAGCGCCCAAGAAGGGGGCCCCUCCCCUCGGAAAAGGACGAGGUGGCAAGGGCCUGCUGCCACUGGGUGGCGUCGUAACAGCCCCUCGGAGACCCCCCAAGCCUGCUUCGAGUCAGCAGCCUGAGGUUGACCUCUUCUUAGACAGCAAGGAGCCGCCUACAGCCGAGCAGCUCCGAAAGGAGGAUAAGCUCAUCAGGAAGCAAAUGUAUGGGAAUCUUUAUGGUGAAGAAGUUGUUGACUUUCUCUCCGCAAUAUACAUUGAUCAACCUUAG